AGCCGGAGGCUUUAACUUUUUAUUAAGAAACGUCUUUAAAGUGUUUUGAUUUUAAUCUUGGAUAUUUUAUCACUUAUCUCAAAAUGAAGUGUUUAUACAUUUUUGUUGUUUUAACACUCUUUUUAACAUUCAUCCAUGCCGAGGAACCAAAGAAAGAGAAAACGGCACAAGCAAGGCAAAUGGAAUAUAUAUCAUUGAUAAACACUCUCUUGCAACAAACUAACGUUCUGACCACUGUGGAUGGUGCAUUGCUUGCAAUUACCACAAUGCUGGCCUCUCUAGUGACGAGAUUCAAGCCCUUUCUCAUUGCAACAGCCCUGUCUUACUUGAUAUACGUUGCAACUGCAAUUUUGAUUCCAGCACCCUUGGCGAAAAUGGGUCUGCCGACGAUGGACGUCCAGAACAAGAAAAUGAUGGGGAGGUCAGUGGAUGGCGGUGAAUCUUCGAGCAAACUUUUUGAUGGUUUGAUGGCGGAAACCCUCCUCAGAAGUAUCAAAAUCAGUCCCGUAAAAACCAUCGUAACGAAUGUGUCUGUUAACGUAAUUACGGAUACCAUGGGGAGAAUCCGGAUGUUCAGUCGUAUGUUGGUCCAGCAGCUGUCUUUGUUCCAGCGGAAUAUGGUCUGGUUUUCAAGAUCUCUAAGUAACGAAUGCGUCUCUAGAUUCCUCUGUAGGGUGGGCCAGUUUACGGAAACUAAUUUUCCAACAGCCUCUUCCCUUUUAAGAACUUUAGCGGAUAAUUAUCCAGGAAUGGAUGAUUACGCAAUUGCUGUUGUCAGAGGUACAUCGUCAUCAAACUGUUCCUUAAUCUAUCCAGAUUGCACGAUGUGAUUUGUCUGCUUAGUUUAAGAUAUCUAUUUUGUGGCUAAUCAGUCUUUCAGACUCUAAAUGCUAUAGCCCUUCUGAUUCCUUGAUGUUAAACAUUGUUUAAAAAGUUUACAUUAUUGCUGUUACUGGAAUCUGUAAAAUUCUUGUAAUUACUUCCUCAAACUGAAUUCUUUAGUUUCAGUAAUAAAAGUUUAGAACAUGUCA